GAAGCGCCAAAACAACAUUGCAAUGGCAUCUUGACAGGUGUAUAUAUGACAAUUAAAUGCAAGAUCGUCGCGCUUCAUGUGACAUAUCAAUUUAUUUUGUUUCUUUUUCCGAAGUCGGCAGACAACAGGCUGUGAUUCACAGGCUGUGAAUUAAACCUAGUGUGUUAUUAAUUAAAUCUCUGUUAUGUGACAGUUAACAAGCUCACAUAUUAAGCUCCUAGCAGUCCAGUGCGAGUGAAUGUCAUUUGCCUAGCCUGUCUGUCUGCUACCCGGACGCCCCAUUAUUAAUAAGCCGUAUCACCCUGAUCGUUAAACUGCUUUAUCAGCAUCGCAAACGCGCAACUCCAGCUGAUUCCACGGACAUGCAUUAUCACAUCGCCGUAGCUGUCAUCUGGGCUGCUGUGUUUGUGGAAUCGAGGAAGAUCCGGGGCAUAUCUCUGUCUUAUAAGAGAUUUUACAAAGAGAGGAAGUCAUUCCUUUGCAUAGAUGGCUCAAAACUGAUUCCCUUCGAGCAAGUGAAUGACGACUACUGCGACUGCGCGGAUGGGUCCGAUGAACCGGGCACUGCAGCUUGUCCUAAUGGGCAUUUCUAUUGCACAAACUUGGGCUUCCGACCACACUACAUCCAGUCCUCCAGAGUCAACGACGGCAUCUGUGAUUGCUGCGAUGGGUCUGAUGAGUACAACAGCUCAGCCCACUGCCAGAAUACAUGCAGGAAUCUGGGGCAGAGGGAGCGUGCAGAGCUGGAGAAGAGGAUGAGGAGGCUCAACGAGGGCCUGCUGAUGAAGAGGCAGCUGGUGGAGGAAGGGGCCGAUGUGUGGAGAGAGAAACAGGCGGAGCUGAGCGAUCUCCAGAAGGUGGCGGAGGACCUGCAGAUUCGGUUGGAGUACCUGAGGAAAAGAAAGACCGAAGCCGAGGCGCUGAAGGAGGAAGCCCUGGCGGCGGCGCACCCUCCACCUCCACCUGGCCAAGAAGGCCCCAGAAGUCCGAUCAGAGCUGAGAUAAGCUUAGAAGGCCAUGAGCAGCCAAUGCAGGACACAGACAUACUCAUAGAUACAGACACAAGGCUUCAGCAGUGGAUGGACUCUGCAGAACAGAGGGAAGAGUCUCCAAAGGAGCCUGAGGUGAAAGACGCAGGCACAGAGGACGACCCCGAUGUUAAAGCUGCGGUCGAAGCUGCAAAGAGUGCUGUGGCUGACUUAAAGAAGUCUGAGGAGGCAUACCAGAGACUUCAGAUGGAGAUCAGGGAGCUGGAAGACAGACUGGCUAUAGAUUACGGUCCGGAGAGAGAGUUCCUCUUCCUGCUGGGACGAUGCUUCCAGAUCACUGCAUAUGAGUAUGCAUACACCAUUUGUCCCUUCAAUCAAGUAACCCAGAAGAGCCAAGCAGGAACUGAGGUCUUGUUAGGGAAGUGGGAUGCCUGGGGUGGUCCUCCAGAGAACCCCUAUGGAAUGAUGAAGUAUGACCGAGGAGAACCAUGCUGGCAAGGACCUACCAGGUCUACUCACGCAUCUUCACUUUCCUGUGAAGUCCAAAAGAGGGUCCAGUCGUCUGCCAGAGCCUGUGCUAGCCUUGAGAACCUUGUUGCCGCAUUCUGGUCAGGUACGUCUGACCUGUGGUGCGGACUCGGCCGUGCGCUGGGUGAAGGAGCCCAGUAAAUGCCACUACGCCAUGGAGCUGCAGACCCCAGUAGCCUGCCGACCACAGCCGCCCAGCAGGAGAGGCGUCCACAGCGAACUUUGACCCCAGACAAAGGAUGGGGAUGUGCUUCUGUGUGUAUGUGUCUGUUUGUAUAUGUGUGUGUGUGAGAGAGAGAGAGAGAAAGAUCUCUGAUCAUUAUAUAACCCUUGAGUUCAGAGUGUUCAACCGCAACAGACAGAACUAUGGCUGAGCAAUAAUGUCAGUUUGAUUGUGUGUGUUCAUGUGACAUGUUGGGGUUUCUGACUGACCGUCCUUCAGUGUUGUUAGUCAUAUGUAAGCCUGCUCUGCUUUAGGAGUUAUGGCUGGUCUAAGGGGAAACUAUAUGAGUUGUUUCUGAGUUAUGAAAGAGUGCAGGUUUGCGUAUGGGUUCAUUCAGUGAGUUUAAGCGACUGAAAACAAACCUAAAGAAUUGCUGCUUUUAAAGAAUGUCCAACUGUUACGUAAAUAAUUUUUUCGUUGGUUUUACUUUAAGCAUUUUUUUUUUAACUAGAACAACCUCUAGUUCCUACUGACAGGAGCUUUUGACAGCUAGGAUCACUAUGCCAUCAACAUCCAAGUCUUCAUUCUCACAACAAUUUUUCCAUCCAACUGUUAUGUGUAUUAUAUCACAGCGCAGUGCCAUUUGUGAAGCCAGCUCCCCAUUAGUGGGAAGCGGGUGCCGGACAGCUUUUAUUCUCCAUAAACACGUUUACCAAGCUUUAAUUACUGUUAGUGGCAAACAUAGAUGCACUCAGCCAAGUAUUGCUCAAGUGUAUACAAGCUCUGAAGGGAUUGAGUUAUAGCUCAUAAAGGAUUGGGAUGUCUUUGUUUAUUUUUUAUUUUUUUGAACCACCAUUGUUAUUGUUGUUGUACCUGAUGUUGUUUAUUGCCACUGAACAAUAUCGGUGAUAGAGAGAGAAUGUGAUUUGGGGAAGACCAGCAAGCUCUGUAAUAUAGCCGAGUUUGUCGAGUUUAAUCUCUGAACGUCUAUUUUUGUACUCAACAAUCGAAUUACAGCAAGAAAGCUGUAAAGAAAAUUACAGCAAAGUUACAAAUGCACAGCAGACACAGAGGAAUGCCCAGAAACAUUGUAAAAAGUUUUAUGUUCAAAUAAAGUCCUAUAUAAGUGUGCUGACCUAGUAUUGUUUAAGCAUGUAGGCUAGUCUAUCAACUCAUAGUUCUGUGUAAAUAGAGACCAGAAGACCACUGUUUUUUUUUUUCAUUUCCACCAUACGAAGCAGCAUUUUUGUUCUAGAUUUUGUUGUUGUUGUUGUUGUUGUUGCAUAGGCUGAAAAAUAAACUGCCAUCUUGUAA